GCCAACAUUUACUGGAUUCCCGAAAAUUGGGGCGUUACACCUUUCAUACACAUUUAAUAUUCUUUAUAGGGAUAGACACAGUGGUAUUCCCAGUCUGACUUUGUUUAGUGGGAGAAAAUAUGAUGAUUAGCACUCCGUCUACACUUAAACAACAGCUUUUCUAAUUAUGCUGGAAAUGGCAAUGGCAAUGACAAGGAAAAUGUUGCUGGGGUUUUGGAGACCAAUGGGGAUCUUAAACCCAAAUUCCAAGGGGAAAAACGAGCUAUACAGGUUGGUGGCCCUGAAGAUGUGUAUCUUGCUGCCAAAUCCUUACUCCUCUCGAUGGGAAAAGAGGAACUGCAAGAGGCUAUUGAUUUUAUAUCUCUGUUCGGGUAAAGUAGGCUUUGUGCUUCAGUCAGAGCUGCCUUGGUUCUUAGUGGUAGUAUGGGUUCUAUCUAAUUCAAAAAUGAGAAAGAAAAGGAAAGAAUGGGCAGAUAAUGUAUCUUUCAAAAAUGAUGAAAGUGCCACGAGUAGAGUCAAAACUAAGAGUGUUUUGUUUCAAGAUUCAGUUCCGAACUCAGGUUUGGCGGUAUCUCCAUAGUAAAUCUGAUUUGAUAAAUUUACAAUAUUAUUCAAUAA